AUGGUUUCGACGAAUGAGGAAACACAGCUUGUUGAACAACUGCAUUAUACUUUAGGUGACCUUGACGCAUCUUUCAGUGAUGACUUAGAAGGAUUGCUGACUUGGCUAAAUCCAAAUGAGACCCAGAGCAACCACCAACUCCGGCCGCCCAUACUCAGAAUAAAAAGUGCGAUAAAGACACUAGUAAAUAACAAAAAUGCACAGGAGCCAUUUUUGGAUUUACUGCGACAAUUUGUUGUCUAUCAAACCCGGGUCCAUUUCUUCUCCAAUUUCCGAUCAUUAGUUCACUUUAAAGAUUUACAGAAAUUAGAGCGCUAUUACGAGUUUCCACUUCGCUUUCUUGAACUUUUCGGGGAUGGUGAAUGGACUGAAGAGAUAAGCGGCUUUCGCAACUAUCUUAUAUUCUACCACCCCGUCUUGGCUAGAAACGUCAAGUUGCGACUUAAGCAACUCAUAUUGGAAGAUGAUUUCGAGAUGGCCAUGAAAGUUUACUCUUGGCUUUGCAGUGCAGAGGGUCACUCUCUAACACAGCUAUUGGUCGAUAUUAUUCUCGCUAAAGUCAAAGUAUUUGCAUCAAAGGAAUUUAGCGCCGAAUUCACCAGAAGAUUCGUGAUCAUGGAAACGUAUAAUUCGUUCAUGGCCAGCUUUUGGUCAACCUUGAGUACUAUGCUUGAGUGUCCAGAAGAUAAUCAUGAAAUUACUAAAGAAAUCUAUGAGUCUUUUGAGGCUCAAUUCAUCGAAAUUAGGACCAGACAAGCUUUUGACAUAUUCGUUACCGAGUACCCAAACUCCAAACCAACGCUACUCGAAUUAAGAGCUGUUCUUAAAUCUCCUUCAAAGUACACUCAGCUUAUAACAGAGCUCCUCGUUCAAUUUGAGGCCAGAGUUUUGAAGCCAAGCGUCACAACUGUCGAGAUCUUGCUAUCAUACGUCAAAGCAAUCAAAAGCAUAUUAACGGUAGACAUCUCCAACCGCUAUUUUCAGCUACUCACCAACUUUGUGCGUCCCUACCUAAUGGAAAGACGUGAUGCAGUUGUCAGCUUUCUCAAUGCCAUGCUUGGCAUGGGCACCAUCGAGCACAGAGAAUCGGGCACGAAGGUGUCGCAAGCUAAUAUUACAUCACAGCUAUCUAAAGAGAUAAGCGAUUCCUACCAGCCUAUUUUUACUACAACAAUGGAAAGCUCAUCGCACUCUCAGCAACAGUACACUCCUAUCAGGGCUACAGGGGAACCCGUCUGCUCACAAGUUAUCGCACGCUUUCUUGAAUGGAGUCCAGAGCCUUCUGACUCUAUACAAUUUAAUGGAGAUAAUUCUUUCAUGAGCGAGGGUAUAUUCAACAUUAUUAUUGAACUGUUCGACUCCCGCGAUGUUAUUAUCGCGGAGUUCUUGAGGCUUUUCAAAGAAAAGCUUUUCAAUUUGAGAGGCUACAGGUUGGAGACUAAUUGGCACAGUAGCCUCAAAAUCCUGAAGGAAAGAGUUGGCUUAAACAAAUUUUCCAACGCCCAGGAUUUUUCAAACGUCAAUAACAUAGAUGUCAUGUUGAGAGACAUAAAACAAAGCGAGGACUUAUGCUGUGAAAUGCAUAAAAUCCCUAAUAUUAACGUUGAUAUAGUCCCCAAGAUAAUAUCGUACCUCUUCUGGGGCAUAGUGUCGGACUCUGAGUCUUCCUCACGAGAGGUAGUCUUACCAACGAAAUUGGAUCAUGACAUGACUAUUUACAAAAACAAUUACGCCAAAAUGAAAAAAGGGCGAAAACUUAGGUUGCAUCCAGCUCAAAGUCUCGUAAAAAUUAGACUGACUUGUGCUAAUGGCAGAACCUCACGCCAUGAGGUAUCUAUGGAUAAGGCUGUUAUAUUAUCUUGCUUUUCAAGUGAGCAUGAGUCAAAAAGUUUGACCCUUGAAGAAGUAUCGGCGAAGGUCGACGUCGAGAAGGAGUUUGUGCAGCAAGUAUUAAAUUUUUGGCUCCAGGCAUCUGUCUUAACCUACGACCACGAGUCGGGACUGUAUUGUACGCUAGAUCAUGGAGAAAAUUCUGAUGACGUGAAAUCUUCUCGAAUGCUGGGCAGCACGGGCAGCACUAUUCAUGGAAGGAAUGAUAGCGGCGCUGCUGCGGUACGCUCACAGCAACAGGAGCUUUUUCAAUCCAUGGAAAGGGUAUGGCCGUUUAUAAAAGGAAUGCUGACAAACUUAGGGAGCAUGAAACCAGAAAAGAUCCAUUCUUUUUUAAAAAUGGCUGUUCCCAAGGAGAUGGGGUUCACAGCAACGGUUUCCCAGCUAGAAUCAUUCUUGUGUCACAUGGUUGAUGAGAAUCAAUUAGAGAGUACAGCUAGUGGGGCCUUCAAGCUGGUAAAGUGA